AUAAAUCAAACGUACGCAGUAAGUGAUACCGCGAGUGAUUGUACACACAACAGUGUGCGCGCCAGUUUCAAUUGACCGUCAAUGAAAAUUCUUAAUACAAUCCAUUGAUACUUUGAUUGUCCGCGGAGACGACGCAUGUGUGAAUAAAUACUGUGAAUAAUAUUUAAUUGUUGUUAAAUCGGACCAAAAUGGCUUAUCAAAAUUGCCUGAUGGGUGCUUCGUUGUUGACAGUGAUUUUGUUAGAAGGGUUGUUAUUGCUGAAGGAAGCUAGCGGAUCAAGACUUCCUAUGGAAGUACUAACUCACAGGCCGGAUCACAUCCCGCUGCACGCACGAGCCCAUCACUAUGAGCACAGGCCGCACAAAAUACACUCCAUAGUGGACCGGGGACCUCUCAGAGUGCUUUAUCAAGUCGGGCGUUCGGAAGCAGAUCUUCCCGAGUGCCGAGCGCGUGCCGUCUGCAAUAAAGUCGACCUGUACGACAGCGGCGCGCCGUGGGUCGAGCGCCAGUGCCGCUGCGUGGCUCCCGACGGCGGCGAAGCCCCCUGCCCCAGUACGGCAAACGCCGAAGAUGGACAUACGCUCGUAGAUAAAACGAGGCACUAUAAACUUUGCGAGCCCAUCAAGAGGUUGCCAAAAUGCAGAUAUUUCCGGGACACCACAUGGACACUGACGACGUUACCGGAAGCAAAUGCAACGGAACAAGUCGUGCACUGUCAUUGUCCGCGCAACGCGGUCACCUAUCUCAUCAAGAGGCAGGCGUACAAAACGGCCAAUGGCCAAACGAGCUAUCAAUAUUCCUUCGCCUGCUCGCCACAAAGUAGAUUACGAUGCCAACGUAAAGAGCCUUGCCGACUAUUCACUGUCCGCAAAAGGCAAGAAUUCCUCGAAGAAGUAAACAGUAGCACCCUGUGCCAAUGCCCGCGAGACCAUCAUUGUCCCCGACACCACACGGACCCGGGUUCGAUAUCGGGCAAAAGCUACACCGAAGAAUCAAUACGCACGUAUUCAGGCUAUUGUAUGCCCAGCUAG